AUGGCCCAAGCAGCAAUCGCCGCCGGCACCGCCGCCGUCGACGUCGCCAAAGGCCUCUUCACGGAAAUGAACAACCGCAAAGGUGGAGAUUCAGCGCGGUCAAUGCAGGUCGUAAUUCGCAAUACCACGGGCGAGAAGCUUGUCCGCUCCCAUCACGAGAGCCACUAUGGAAAAUGGACGUCCGGCCUCGAGCCACUGCCAGAGAUCGAUGCUGAGACGGCCUCGGGCUUCAUGUUGGAAAGUCAUGGCUUGAUGACGGGCUGUGGUGGCAUGGCGAGUUAUGAGAUCGGGGACAGUGGGGAGAAGUUGAGGGUCAGUGUCAGUGUGCCGUAUGCUGGGGCGAACAGCAAUAGUGCGAAUGUUGAGGGUGGGAGUAGGUAUAAGGUUUCGGCCGAGGGCGGUGGUGGCAACAAUGCAACAUACUCGUUGAAGCUUGAGGACACUCAGAAAGGACAGGACGAGGGUGACGAGGACGAAGAAGGUGGCGGUAAUGACGAUGAACGGAACGGUAAUGAUGAUGAGGAGGAGUAG